AUGGCUCUCCUGCAGCUGCUGAGCUUGAUGUUCCUCACCAUCACCACCACGACAGAGCAGGAGGAGGACGAUGACAAAGACAAAGCCAAGCUGCGCGAGUACGACCUGUCCCUGUACAAGAGAGGUGACCUGCUGGAGGUGCCACGCACCCUCUUCACCCACUUUGGCAUCUACCUGGGCGACGACCGCGUGGCGCACAUGAUCCCCGACAUCCUGCCCGUCUUCACCUCCAACCGAAAGCUCAUCGCCACCAUGGUGACCAACAUGCGGCUGAUCCUGGGCGCCAUCGCCAAGGCCGCCAGCGUGCGCGUGGACUCGGUCAAGGACUUUGCGUACGGCGGGGACAUUAUCGUGAACCCCAUGGACAAGAUGUGCUCGCGGGGGCCGCUGGACGGCGAGGAGGUGGGCCGGCGGGCUGAGAAGUUGAUUGGGCCCGUGCGCUACAGCCUGCUGUGGUACAACUGCGAGCACUACGUCAUGUACUGCCGAUACGGCACCGCCAUCAGCUUCCAGUCCACCAAGUUCUGUAAAGCAGUUCGGAAGAUCUUCUGCAGUUCGGGGUGUUGUAUUUUAAGUGUCUGCCUCGGCGUGGGAAUCACGGUUUACCUGAAGGCGAAUCCACUAUUCACCAUGAUACCAACCUUAGUCAUCACCCUCCACAUCUGGAUGGCCUCAUGA